AUGACUCUGCACUACUCAGAACGCAACCGAGGGCCCCACUACCUGUUCCAGUCAAGUUCCUUGCUCUCGAAGAACAUCAAAGAACCUCAACAACUGCACUGCGAGAUGAAGAUGACCAAGUCGAUCCUCGCAUUUCUGUGCAUCGCUGUCUUCAUCGCAGAAACUGUCCUCGCUCAGCCGGUCCAAGUUGCGGACAGCCCGCUGGUGGUCGCGGACGAAGCAGAAGCUCCGGCGUUGUCAGCCGACGAGUUUUCCGGACAAAAAGAAGCUUUGGAUGAAUUACCUUCACUUCAGCGGCUCUUGAACGAAGCUGCAUUGGACGCCAGACAAGCUUUAGAAGUGCAAGACACCCAACGCCCGUGGCCCUGUCCGUGCAGAUGGUGGUUUUGCAGACGGCUAUGCAUUCCACGAAAGUGAUGCAUAAGAGGUAAUGGCUGCCUGGAAGCUGAAACCAACCGACGCGCAACUAUCUUGCUUCUAGAUAAAACUUAUCAAUUAAAAUAAAUCGUUAGCACUAAUGUCGUUCCAAAAUCUCAA